AUGCCUCAUUUUCUGGCGAAAGAGAGUCGAACCCUACCUCCACUUCUACGUCUUCCAGAUGAAAUCCUAGAAGAGAUUGUCUCUGAGCUCGAUCUGCACAGGGAUUUGGUGUCUUUCGGCCUCGCAUCGCGGAUAUGCGCUGACCUGGUCUUUCCUCAGCAUACGCAGUACCGGAUACUGCGAAUGCGUCAUUCGUCUCCUAACAUCUGGGCUCACCUCGCUCGACGGGCUGAUCUCGCUCGUAACGUGAGAGAAGUGCAUAUCUGCGAGCGGUCAAAUCAUUAUGCUGCCGAUCACUAUCCCACCGCCCUACUUGACAAGCAGCUGGACGGAAAUCUGGAUAAUGCGGAGGAAAGCGUCAGGAUACGUAACCUUUGCAAGGCGCUUGGUCAUAUGCGCCGUCUGAGAACCUUUACUUGGUCAUGGAUGCACGUCCCAGGCCAACCACGACCUACCUCUCACCCCGCCCACGAGAAUGCGAUUCUUGCGAUCGUCUCCCAAUUACCUCAACUAGAGCACAUCAGCCUCCAGGGGAGAUUUGCUAUGCAUGCGUUGGCUGCUCACAUAGACACCAAAGGCAUGACAUAUCCCGGAUGGAGACUGAACAAUUUGCGGUCAUUGUCUUUGGCUGGUGAUACCUGGGCAAAACUGGGAAAUUCCAGGCACAUUUUCAACCUCUUGACGAAAUCUCCCAAUCUUGAGUAUCUGGAAGUUCCACUCGAGUUUCAUCACCUAGCAGAUUGUCAUCUACCUAGGCUGAAGCACCUUAAGCUGGUGUUGCAAGGAGGUGGAAACCUGGCGACCCUUGACCAUUCGCGAACUGUCUUCCUGAAAAAUCACCCUUCAAUCGAAGUUCUUGAUUGGUCGCCUAUUGGAAAUCCUGCAAUACCCUAUGAUUCACUUCCUAAUCUACGGUCUCUUCGCUCCAACAAACAAUUCAUCAAGGCCCUUAAUGAUCCUGACUUUAGUUCUAAAGCCGCAUUGCUGAUGACUCCUCCAUCAACUCCGGUCACCGCUACCACCAACAUCCCAUCUGAGCCAGUACCUGAGCGACCCGUCAUCACCCGAAAUAUUGAAAAUCUUGAUAUUUAUGCUCUGGAUGCGCAGAUGCUUUUGGAUCUUAAGUGUAUUGACCGAGCAGCCCUACGAAGAGUCAAUAUCCAUUUCUUCAACGAUAUAUCUAUCCUUCACGAGGUUGCGGAAGCCUUUCCUAAUAUUGAAUGGCUUUCUCUUCCAGUCAGUCACCACCCCACAGACGCUCAAUACCCGGUUCCUGUGACUAGGGAAGAAUGGUUAGACAUUCUACCUCGCUUUGCCAAACUCCGAGUAUUCCGUGGGGUUGGUCUUUGGAGCUGCGUCAAGUACGACAAGGCUUCGAUGCAUGAACUGAUUAAAGACCUUGUUCAAAUAUGCCCUCACCUUCGUGUAUUGGACCGCUUGGACAAAUAUAACAACCUUGAUAACUUUAAGGAGAUUGUUAUCACACGGGACGGCGAAGACGGCGAAAUAGUGAACUAUUCUAUCAAACCCAAGCCAUCCAGGUAA